AGUUUAGUUAGCAUAUUUAUUAUAUUAGUAUCAAAAGUUCUCGCCUUUUUGGUUUUGUUCAAAUUCGAUUUUAUAUUGAUAUACACUCAUAAAAAUGCGCCGAAGGACUUUGUCUAGCGUGUUUCAACGUCGAAAACGACAGCAAUCCGGUGCCGCUGAGGAAGCCAAUGAAGAGGAAGAUGAGCAAGUUGCUUCUGGGUCUGAAGAAGACACUGAACUAAUGCCACCGCCACCAUUAGAGGGUCAAAUGGGCUCUUAUUUUAAUGUUGGCGGAUGGGCCAAGGAAUGCCUGAUAAGAGGCUAUAAAUAUGGAGUUUUUCAUAUGCAAUGCGGCACUACGACAGACAAUGAUGUUGGACUCACUACAUUCGGUUCAGCGUAUCCCGAUUUUAAAAAUGUUUUCGGUGGUGUUGAGAUUCGCAAACAAUUCGGUCCGUAUCAUUUGUCCCAUAAUUGGCUAAGCAAUAACGAAUGGCUAUCAGAAGCGGGAGUAGAUACCCCGCUGGCUGGAGGCAUAUUUUCUGCCCUAAUAAGGACAGCGUAUUCAAAGCACGAAAAUUUUGAAAUUAAAGCAAAAGUAAAAGCGGGCUACGAACUCUCCCCCGUUAAAACGGAAUUCGUUCUUCCGGUUGUAAAUGAGCCCAAGGUUAUGGGCUAUUUUGUUGUUGCUCCCGCUACGAAUUGGUUAUUGGGAUAUCGCGCAGUGUAUAAUCUGGAGGAGAAAGGAUUCGAUAAACAUGCAUUUUGUUUGGGCUACGACGAUGGUAGCUCCGAAAUCGGCCUUAAAUUGGAGAAUUUCCAAGAUGUUCGAGGAUCUGUAUUCCAAAGGUUAGGCGAACGAUUUGCUGUUGCCUUAAAAAUGAAUCUGUAUGGCGGUGGUGAGACAAGAAGAAUCGCUUUUGGCGGUCAGUAUAUGCUCGACAGCGGCUCAUUGGUUAAAGCCAAGGUCAGAGAGGAUGGCAAUAUAGGUUUCGUGUAUCAAUCGAAAUUAAACGACAAUAUGGAAAUAAAUUAUCAUUUCGGUUUUGAGGGCAAAUCGCCAAUCGACGGUGAUCAUAAAAUUGGCGUAGCCUGGAUUCUAAAUUCUUAGUCCUCUUCAGCACUUGAAUUGAUUUAUUUUUCGCGUUAUCAGUUUUAAUAAUAUAAAAAUCUAAAAUCUAAAUUUCGGUUCAGUAAAUAUAAUACUAAACAAUCAAGGUAAAAAAAUAAGGGUUUAGAGUCAAGAUUUUGCAGUUAUUACAGGUUAAAAGUCCUGUUCUAUCAAUCAAGAAAUAUUGUAAACCAAACAGUAUUUUCGUUUGUAGAGUAAAACAAAUGUUUAAAAAGCG